UUGAGGCAGUCUAUUGUUUGCAAAGCAGUUGAAGCAAGCCACUAGAAAACUAUCCGGGUAAAAAGUAAAAUAAUUUUCAUAAAGGUGCAGUGUCCACUAGAACUUGGUUUAGCUUUGGAAUUUUAUUAGGAGUAAUCAAGAUCCUUUGGUGUUUCAUAAAUUCUUUAACUAUUCGUGAAAAAUGGCUCAGUGGAGCAUUAAGAACCUUACUUUUGCGCUAAGUUGUAUUGUGACCUUCCACUUUGGCAUUGGGAGUUCAGGUACAGGCAUCUGCAUUAAUGAUUGCACAGCAAACCACAAGCUCAUCAAGAAUAUCUCAGAUGCUCUUUCUCUAACAUGCACAGCGGUUAACAACAGCCAAGAUGAAGAGUUAGUCUGGCUUCGGGGAGACAGAGUGAUUAACUUGAAGCCUCUGAAUCGGAUCAAUGUCAGCACUGUGUGCAUCGAUCCAAUUAUAGCCGAUGACAAUGACGUUACAUUUAGCUGCCACUUAAGCAGAAAUUCUACAGUCAAAAGAAGCGUGCUCCUUGAUGUCAGAUUUGUCCCUAUUUUGAGUCAGGAUGGAGAUGUGGAUGUUGAAGUAUAUUCUGGUGACGUUGCAACGCUAACUUGUAAUGUGAAGUCUAAUCCACCAGCUGUGAUGUCCUGGUAUAAAGAUAACAAUACCCUCAAGAUGGAGGCAGGCAAACACCAUGUGAACUGGGACAGUAGUGCUUUUACACUGCUUAUGAAGAAGGUACAAAAAGAGGAAAGUGGGAUAUACGCCUGCAUGGCAAAUUCCGCACUUGGAAGCAGAAGUUUGUACUUCAAUCUGAAUGUGAAAGAGAAACCAUAUCAAGUGCCAUUUGAACCAAUCAUCGCUGGCGUAGUGGUGAUUCUGUUGACCACUCUUUUUGGAAUAUUUUCAUGGCGACAUAAAAUUAUCGAGUGCUGCAGAAAGAACAAGGAUUCCAAAACAUGUAAUGAAACUCAAUAGGAAGCCAGUACUGCACAAAGAUGAAAAUAAAGAGAAGCUUCAAAGAAUGUAAGAAGAUGGAAUAUACUGACAGCAGAUUUGUCCAACACUCUGCCACCCAUGUUGAAUCUCAUUUCCUUCCACCGAUCACAAUGAUGGACAGCUGUCAUGUUAUCAAUUUAAAUUAAAUACUGUGUCUUUAAAGCUGCAUGGAAUUUCUUACAUAAAUUUAUAUUUUGGCAAAACUUUUAUUAAUUGUGAUUUGUUUUAGAUUUUUUAUUCUUCAUCAGUUCUUGUUCUUGUUUAUCAGUUCAAAUGUUGUAUUCUUUUUGUGUCUGAGAGAAAAAUGUACUUUAAGAAUAAUUUCAAAGCUAUUUAAAAAUGGGCCAAGUAUGUUGCUUUGAGGAAAUAUAUAUUUUUAAAGAUAUAUAUUUAAAGAUCUUUAAAACCUACUUUGGCGAAACUUAUGGCCAUCUACAUACAAUGUCUUAUGAAGCCUUUUUGGCUAUUUGGACAUCUAAAACACUAUUACUUGUUAGAGGAUUAAUAGCAGAGAUACACCCUCCCCCACCUACAACCUCACCCUCUCCCUGUAUACAAGCAGCCUGCAACUUAGCUGUUGUCUUCCUAUGCCCAGAGAAAAUAUUGAUGAAUAUUCUGCAUCAGUUACACUUUACAUGGGGCAAAUUUAAUAGUGCCAAAAAUCUGUAAUAUCAUCUUGCCACCACAUUGCACUCAGCUCAGAACACCUGGGAGAAUGUAAGAACCAGCUCGGUGAUAAUGUUGAAAGAAGAAAAUGUGGCAUUGGCAUACCCCAAAAAGGUUUACAUAAUGUACAAUCAAUUCUUUUGAAAUGCAGUCUUUAUUCAAUGAAUAUUCAAAAGUUCAAACUUCAAAAUAAAUUUAUCCUUAGACUACAUAUAUGUCACCAUACAAAUCUGAGAUUCAUUUUCUUGCGGGCAUAAUCAGUAAAUCCAAUAACUAUGUUAAAAUCACUGAAACACUGCACAAGCAGGGUGAACAACCAGUGUAUGAAAGACAACAAAUUGUGCAAAUGUAUAAUGAAAAAAGAAAUAAUAACAACAUUAAAUAAGCAACAAAUAUCAUGAACAUGAAGAUGAAGAGUCCUUGAAAGUGAAUCCUUAGUUUGAGGGAACAUUUCAGAGAUAGGACAAGUGAAGUUGAGUGAAGUUAUCCCCUCUAGUUCAGGAGCCUGAUGGUUGAGGGGUAAUAACUGUUCCUGAUCCUGGUGGUGUGAGUCCUGAGGCUCCUUUACUUCUUCCUGAUGGCAGCAGUGAGAAGAGAGCAUGUCCUAGGUGGUGGGGGUCCCUGAUGAAGGAUGCUGCUUUCCUGCAUCAACGCUCCAUGUAGAUGUGCUCAAUGGUGGAGAGGGCUUUACCCAUAAUGGACCGAGCUGUAUCCACUACUUUUUGUAUGAUUCUCCAUGGGAGGAUUUAAAGUUGCUGAAUAUUGAAGUAUAGCUGCACUGCUCUUGCCCUACAAUUUGUUGAAUCAGCAGUUUCAGUGUGAAUGCUGAAGUAAAAACUGAUGCAACUUCCUUAUUGGCAAAUUGAAGUUCCCUUGUAAUAUUUCAAUGUAAAUUUAUUGUCAAAGUAUAUGUCACCAUAUGCAACCCAGAGAUUCAUUUUCUUUUGGGCCUACUCAAUAAAUCCAUAAUAGGAUCAAUGAAAGACUGCACCAACCUGGGCUUUCAUCCGGUGUGCAAAAGACAGCAAUCUGUGCAAAUACAAAAAGAAAUAAAUAAUAAUAAUAAAUAAGCAAAAAGUAUCUGAACAUGAGAUGAAAAGUCCUUAAAAGUGAGUCCAUGGGUUGUGGGACCAUCUAAAGGAUGGGACAAGUGAAGUUAUCCUCUUUGGUUCAAGAGCCUGAAGGUUGAGGGGUAGUAACUGCUCCUGAACCUGGUGGUGUGAGCCCUGAGGCUGCUGUACCUUUUCCUGAUGGUAGCAGCAAGAAUAAUGCAUGUAUUGGGUGGUGGUGGUGGGGGAGGGGGUCCCUAAUGAUGGAUGUUGCUUUCCUGCUACAACGCUUUGUGUAGAUGUGCUCAGUGGUGGAGAGUGCCUUACCCAUGAUUGACUGGGCUAUAUCCACUGCUUUUUGUAGGAUUUUCUAUUCAUGGUGCUUCCAGUCAAUGUACUCUCCAUUACACAUCUAUAGAAGUUUGUCGAAGUUUUAGAUGUCAUGCUGAUUCUUUGCAAACUCCUAAGGAAGUGGAGGCACUGCCAUACUUCAUAACUGCACUUACGUGCUGGGCCCAGGACAGGAACUCUGAAAUGAUAACACUGAGAAAUUUAAAGUUGCUGCCCCUCUCCACCUCAGAUUCUUUGAUGAGGACUGGCUCAUGGACCUCAGGCUUCUCAUCCUUAGGUCAACAAUCAGCUCCUUGGUCUUGCUGACAUUGAGUGAGAGUUUAUUAUUUGUCAGUGUUAGUGACAGACUAUUCCCAAAACACAUAAAUUCAAUAUUCAAGAUUGCUUAUUGUCACUUAUCAAUACAAAAGCGUAAAGGAGAUCAAACUGAUGGUAACUCUGGAUCCGAUGUGCGUAGGAUCCUUCGUGAUAUUACUGGCCCUUUUCUGGCAUGAAUGUCCUUGAUGGCAAGUAGUACAGUUGCUUUUUUUUUGCCUUUUUCUUGUUUACCUGGCUUAUUUUAUAUUUGUAAUCCUAUUUUAUAUUUAUCUGUACAAAUAUUUUGUAUGUAAUGGAAAUGAAGAGCGUCAUCUGUUUAACCUUAUUCAAAGGUCUUUUGCUGUAGUCACUACCAGAACAAAUCAAUGUCACUCAAAGGUUAUUUUUUAGGUUAGACCAUAAGAUCAAAAGACAUAAAAGCAGAAUUAGGCCAUUUGGCCCAUCAAGUCUGCUCCAACAUUCAAUCAUGGCUGAUCCUUUUUCUUUCCCCUUCUCAGCCCCACUCCCCUGCCUUUUCCUGUAACCUUUGAUGCCAUGUCCAAUCAAGAACCUAUCAAUCUCUCCCUUAAAUACACCCAACGACCUGGCCUCCACAGCUGCUGUGGUAAUAAAUUCUACAAGUUCACCACCCUCUGGCUAAAGAAAUUUCUCUGCAUCUUUGUUUUAAAUGGAUGUCCCUCUAUCCUGAGGUUGUGCCCUCUUAUCGUAGACUCCCACACCAUGGAGAACAUCCUCUCCACACCUACUCUGUCUGGGCCAUUUGACAUUUGAAAGGUUUCAAUGAGAUCCCCCUUCAUCCUUCUAAAUUCCAACGAGUACAGACUCAGAGCCAUCAAACAUUCCUUGUAUGAUAACCCUUUCAUUCCUGAAAUCAUCCUUGUGAAACUCCUCUGAACCGUCUCCAAUGCUAGCACAUCUUUUCUUAGAUGACGAGCCCAAAACUGUUCACAAUACUCAAGGUGAGGCUUCACCAGUUCUUAUAAAACCUCAGCAUCACAUCCCUGCUCUUGUAGUCCAGACCUCUUGAAAUGAAUGCCAACAUGGCAUUUGCCUAACUCACCAACGAACUCAACCUGCAAGUUAAUCUUCAGGUUGUUCUGCACAAGGACUCACAAGUCCCUUUGUAUCUCAGAUUUUUCGAUUUUCUCCCCAUUUAGAAAAUAGUCUGCACAUUUAUUUCUUCCAAACUGCAUGACAAUGCAUUUUCCAACAUUGUAUUUCAUUUACCACUUUCUUACCCAUUCUACUAAUUUGUCUAAGUCCUUCUGCAGCCUACCUGUUUCCUUAGCACUACCUGCCAAUCCACCAAUCUUUGUAUCAUCUGCAAACUCGGCAACAAAGUCAUCUAUUCCAUCAUCUAAAUCAUUAAUAUACAGCAAUAAAAAGAAGCGCUCUCAACACCGACCCCCUGCAGAACACCACUAAUCACUGGCAGCCAACCAGAAAAGGAUCCUUUUAUUCCCACUUGCUGCCUCCUACCAAUCAGCAAAUGCUCUAAUCAUGCCAGUAACUUUCCUGUAAUACUUUUGGGCUCUUAACUUGAUAAGCAGGCUCAUGUGUGGCACCUUGUCAAAGGCCUUCUGAAAGUCCACUGCAUCCCCUUUAUCUACCCUACUUGUAAUCUCCUCAAAAAAUUCCAACAGGUUCGUCGGGCAAAAUUUUCCCUUAAUGAAGCCAUGCUGACUUUGUCCUACCUAGUCCCGUGUCACCAAUGAUCCAUAAACUCAUCCUUAACAAUUGACUCCAGAUUACUAUAAUUUAAUGCUGUAUAUAUCCUCACAGCAAAAAGCCCUGAUUUUGAAAUAAUGAAAUGCACAUGUGCACUGUGAUAUUUGAACUUAGCUAAUUAUAUUUUCCCUAAAUUAUAUAUUAACAAGGCAGGCAGUUUUGAAAAAUUUAAUUAAAGUGUGUCAACAU